CUCCAAUCGAGCAACCGUCGACGAGCUGCGCAUCAAAGCUCCAAUCAAUUGAAGCUGCAAAUAGCCAACAGGUCGACAGCAUCGCCUUUUUUGCGCCAAAACGUCAAGAUGCUGUCGCGACAGAUUGUACGGGCGGUGCCCAGAACUGCUACCCGACUACCACUCAUUUCACGCCGAACCUACCUCCCUCCGUCGAUCAACAGCCGCGAUGUUCUUGACCAGAAGUACCCGGAUGCCCCUAGGCUUACAGAGGAGGAGGACCCCGGAAUGAACGGCGGAUAUGUCAACCCUCUCCCGGUCAAGCGUCAAUUCCGCGACCCCCACGGAGACUGGUGGGACAAGCAGGAGAGGAGGAACUUUGGCGAGCCUGUCCACGAGGACUUCGACCUCCACGGCAUGUUCACGCCCCACGAGUACACAUGGACGACUCCUGGCAAGGGUGCCGUCAUGUUCGGCACAUUCGUUGUUACCUUUUUGGGUGUAUUGGUCGGCAUCAAGAUGGCAUACCCUGAUAUUCAGUCGUAUCCUCGCGAGUUUGAGGGUGGUCUCGAACGCGAGCUCGGAGGUGCCGGUGCGAUGAGGGCAAGGAUGGCUGGAGACCCAGAGCCAUUUUCCAAGGAAUAAAAGGCACGGAAUGCCCUGUUGUACAUACACUUUGUCUAGAAGAAGUCGCGGAUUGGGAGAAAUCGGUCGGCGCCAACUAAAUCGGGUGUUUUCUAUGUCUUUGAACCUGAUUAGUCCCAUGACAACCUAGUCAUCAGGUGUAGGGGAGCUUGGUUGCCUUUUAUUUGGCUAACAUCCCCUA